CUUGAAAACGGGGGUUUACAGGCUGUUUAAAUAGAAAAAUCGGGUGAAAUUUGAGCUGAAUUAGGAUUUUCGGAACCAGACACGAUGUCAGGCACGAUCGUGCCUUCGAUCGUGCCUCCGGAGCAAAAACGCGCAAUUUGGGCAGGCACGAUCGUGCCUCCCUCCAGGCACGAUCGUGCCUGGCUGGCAGUAGCUCCGCGGUGCUUUUCUCUUCAGGCACGAUCGUGUCUGACUUUGAGGGCACGAUCGUGCCUACUUAACUUCCGAAUUUGACAAAACUUCCUUCAUGAAAGUUGUAGAUAAUGAAGUCCUCUAUCCACCCCAAUUUGCCGAAUGUGAUUUGAAUCAUCCAAUCAAGAGAUAUGAUCAAAACGGUGGAAGGUGUCUUUCUGAAAUCGCAGCAGAGAUCAUCUGACUUCAUCGUCUGUUUUCACCUUCUUCCUCUCCGAUUCUCGCAAAGGUGUCUUCAUAUGAUUUGUAGCCCUUGAAGUUGGCUUUCCUAUGGAGCUUGAAUCGUGUACAGUGGAUGUUUCUACAGAGAGAUAUGCUUGAACGAUUGACAGAAGGUCAUUCUGAUCGUCGUUUUCAAGCUUCAUUCAUCUUCUUUUGUCCCGAAGCCAAUCCUAGAGCUCUUUUUUCCUUCAAAUCUUCAUCGUGAAUCUUCCGGUGACCUCCAAAGCUAUCAAAUCAUUCUCAAAUGCUUCUCAAAUCAUCCCGAUUGUUCCUCAAGUGUCGGUGGCGGGCUCAAAUUCCCUGAUUUUGACUACAAACAACACAAAACUCGAACCAACGCCCGGUAAACAUAACUUGAGCUAAAAUUGAGACUUGUAACACCUUAAAACUAGGAAAAUCAUCAAAAGCCGAUCUCAACACGCAUCAAAUACGUGUCAAAAUACGGACUUAUCAAGUACACUGCAUGGGAAUAUCUCACACAAGUAGGUGCUGAGAGAUGGAGUAGAGCACAUUUUCAAAACCAUGUUAAGUGUCAUGUGUUCUCAAGUAGCAUUGUUGAGUGUUUCAAUGGAGUCAUAAAGAAGUACGGAGACAAUCAUGUGGAUAUCCUUAUCGACAAUAUAUGUAUUUUGGCAAUGAAAUUAAUGAGGAAAAAAAGGAAAAGAUGAGGCUCACAGGAAGUUUAAUAUGCCCGGGGAUACUAAAAAAAUUGAAUGCAUGCAUCAUGGAAUCUACUAAGUGGAGUUCCAUAUCAUGUGGGGAAGUUAUAUUUGAGGUUACACUGUGGCCUAAGAGGUUUAUUGUUCACCUUGGGAACAACACAUGUACUUGUAGGCUAUGGGACUUGACAGGUGUACCUUGUAUACAUGCUUGUGCUGCUAUAAUAUCUAUAAGGGCAGGCCAGAAAAUUAUAUACAAGAAUAUUUUACAAGAGACUAUUUCUUUAGGGCCUAUGAGUAUAAAAUAAAUCCAAUGGGAGGCCCUGAUUCUUGGCCUAAAACUAAUAAUGAGCUCA